GCUAUGGAACACCCGCUCUUUGGCUGCCUGCGCAGCCCUCACGCCACCGCGCAAGGCUUGCACCCGUUCUCCCAGUCCUCUCUCGCCCUCCAUGGAAGAUCUGACCAUAUGUCCUACCCUGAGCUCUCCACUUCUUCCUCGUCUUGCAUAAUCGCGGGAUACCCCAACGAGGAGGGCAUGUUUGCCAGCCAGCAUCACAGGGGGCACCACCACCACCAUCACCAUCACCACCAUCACCACCAGCAGCAGCAGCACCAAGCUCUGCAAACCAACUGGCACCUCCCGCAGAUGUCCUCCCCCCCGAGUGCGGCUCGGCACAGCCUCUGCCUCCAGCCGGACUCGGGAGGGCCCCCGGAGCUGGGAAGCAGUCCACCGGUCCUGUGUUCCAACUCUUCCAGCUUGGGCUCCAGCACCCCGACCGGGGCCGCGUGCCCGCCAGGGGACUACGGCCGUCAGGCGUUGUCACCCGCGGAGGCGGAGAAGAGAAGCGGGGGCAAGAGGAAAAGCGAUAGCUCAGACUCCCAGGAAGGAAAUUACAAGUCAGAAGUCAAUAGCAAACCCAGGAAGGAAAGGACAGCUUUUACUAAAGAGCAAAUCAGAGAACUUGAAGCAGAAUUUGCCCAUCAUAAUUAUCUGACCAGACUGAGGCGAUAUGAAAUAGCAGUGAACUUGGAUCUCACUGAAAGACAGGUGAAAGUCUGGUUCCAAAACAGGCGAAUGAAGUGGAAGAGAGUAAAAGGAGGACAGCAAGGAGCUGCGGCUCGAGAAAAGGAACUGGUGAAUGUGAAAAAGGGGACACUUCUCCCUUCAGAGCUCUCGGGAAUUGGUGCAGCCACUCUCCAGCAAACAGGGGACUCUCUAGCAAAUGAAGACAGCCAUGACAGUGAUCACAGCUCAGAGCACGCACACUUGUGA